AUGACAUGUCACACAUUAACAAUUUUGGUGGAUUUGACCGCUCGUUUAAAUGAGUUAAACAUGCGUCUUCAAGGUGAAAACCAACUUAUUACUGCAAUGUUUCAAACCAUAACAGCACUUGAAAUGAAACUUAAAGUACGGCAAGCUCAAGUUCUGGAAAAUAAUUUUAUACAUUUUAAUACGUUGGCUAAACACAGUCCUUUGAACAGCGAGGUUUCAACAGGUUUCAAGAUUUUGGAAAAAAUAAUCAAUAUUUUGCUAUAUUUUCGACUCCAUUUUCAGUCGACAUUACUGCAUUGCCUCCGAAUUAUCAAACUGAAUGCAUAGAGUUGCAGUCGGACAUUCGACUCAAAGAAAAAUUUGAUCACGUCUCUCUGCUGGACUUUUAUAAGGCCUAUCUUCCCAAAGAAAAGUAUCCCUCGCUUCACAAUUGCGCCUUAUUCAUUACAUCUCUUUUUGGCAGCACGUACAUUGGUGAGCAACUAUUUUCAAGGAUGAAGCACAUGAAGAGUGAAAUUACUUGA